AUGGUGUGCCUUUAUAUUUCUAUAUUUCCUCCUUCUUUCAUCCAGUCUCAUCGAUUUAAAGAACAUGCUUCAUCCCUGGCAUCCUCUGGCCUCAAGAAGGAUUCAAAGCUCAAGUCACUGGAGAUCGCCAUUGAGCAGAAAAAAGAGGAGUGUAGUAAGUUGGAGACGCAGUUGCAGAAGCAAGCUGAGCAGCUAUUCAGUCACAUGAACAAUCCUAAGGCCCAUGAGGUGGAGCUGCAGUCCGGCCCCAGAGGCACCCCGGAGUAUGUGGACCGAGUGAAGCUGCUGGAGAAGGAGGUGAGCUACUACAAGGACGAGGCCAACAAGGCUCAGACGGAGGUGGAGAGACUCCUGGACAUUCUGCGAGAGGUGGAGACUGAAAAGAAUGACAAGGACAAGAAGAUCGCUGAGUUGGAAAGUUUAGCUCCCAGACAAGGAGGCAAAGACCUGACUAAGAAGGGUCCAAAUAUCAAACUGGGACCACAAGGGGACAAGAAAGGCUUAGGACAAGAUCCUCGUAAGGACAGCUCCAUGGACAGUGGCCACCAUGUAAAGUUGGAAGAGCUGAUGAACACACUGGAAAGGACAAGGCAGGAGUUGGAUUCCACCAAGCAGCGUCUCUCCUCUACACAGCAGUCACUGCAGGAGAGGGACGGCCAUCUCACCAACAUGAGACAGGAGCGCAGGAAACAGCUGGAGGAGAUACUGGAGAUGAAGCAACAAGCUCUGCUGGCAGCCAUCAGUGAGAAAGAUGCAAAUAUUGCACUGCUGGAACUGUCGGCCUCCAAUAAAAAGAAGACCCAGGAGGAGGUGCUGGCCCUCAAGAGGGAGCGCGACAAACUGAUGCACCAGCUCAAACAACAUACACAAAGCAGAAUGAAGCUGAUAGCCGACAACUACGAAGAUGAGCAAUAUCAUCCACAUGGUCCUCACCACCCUCAGCCUCAGCCUCCACAUGCUCAGCCUCAACCUCAGCCCCAGCCCCAGCCCCAGCCGCAGUACCCCCACGCUCCCCACGCUCCCCACGCUCCCCACGCCCCCCACGCCCAGCAGACUCCAUAUCCACACACCAUGCACCCGCAGCACCCACAGGCCCCUCAACAGCACCCACACCCACAGCAGCCACAACCCCAAUACCCUCACCCUCCUCACCCCCAGCACCCCCAGCAACACGCUCAGCACCCCCAACCACCUCCCCAGCACCAACAGCACCCACGGCCCCCACAGCCCCAACACCCUCACCAACAGCACCCGCAGCAUCCUCCACAGCACCCACACGCACACCCCCCUCCACAACACCCUCACCCUCAGCACCCACACGGCGCUCCCCAACAAGGACCCCACCCCCAACAUCCACAUCCCCAGCACCCCCAACACCCUCAACAUCCUCAACACCCUCAACACCCUCAGCACCCGCACCAUGGCCAGCAUCCACGCCACCCAUCGCCCCAUCAUCGUGGUGGGCCGGCCCGAGGACCCCCACAUGCUGGUCACCGCCCUGCCCAGGACCAGGAUGACGACGAGGGCAUUUGGGCAUGAUAUGUGCUGCGACAACCAAAGUUCUUAUAUUGUUUUGAGGGAUGAUUCAGUCACUACAGGAGGAGCACAGCCAUGCCAUGAUGUUGAAACACUAUAGUACCCGGACGAACAUAUAUUACCUCCACUCAAUCAACACUCAGCAAUGGGACCUUUUGUUUAUUUUCCGGGGGAAAGGAGGAGGCACUCAGGUGUCAAGGUCAUGCGGGGAGACUGACAGCUGAGCAGAAUCACAGAUACAGGACUUAAUUGGAAGGAAUGGGACACAUGUUGAUGCCGAUGGGGAGACAGAUGUAUCAAAGUUUUGCUUGGACAAAGCAUGCUAUCAACAAGGCAGCCCUGCAUCAGAGCUCUCACACAUGUCACUUCACCUGUCUGUCACCAGCUCAACACUGAACCUCUUCAGGCCAACAAUGCCCUCUUGAUCCUCCAAGCAGUGAUCUCCCAACAGUCUGCCAGCCCAGUAUUUGUUCCUCAUCCUUCUUCCUGUAACUGAUUCAAGAUCGUGGUUGUCUUGCUGUAUGUCUCACCUGCCUGACUGACUCCUCUGGCUGUGGUUGGCCCCCCAUCUGACCCCUCUACCUGGCUAUAAUGACCCUCAUGACACAUGGCUCUUCUGUAGUUUUAAUCAUCUGAUCAUGUUGAUGAGCGAUUUUAUCCUUUAUGGCACAUAUGGACCUCUUUUUUACCUUUAUACAUGCCCCAAACACCAUCUAUUUCUAAAGAGGCUUAUGCUCUGCAUUUCUAAAAGUGAUGUAGUGUCCCUUCACUUGCUUUUUCCACACACCAGAUUCAAGUGUUUUUUUGUUGUCAUUUCUUGUUGGUAAAAGGAAGAGUUUAGAGCUGACUGAUAGUACGCCUUUAGCUUUGCCUGCAGGAUCAGGGGUUUCCUUGGCUGCACGAGCAGGGCCAUCCAGUUCUUGCGCUUGUUUUAGCCUCAAGGCUGUGGGUGCCAUCAAUGUUUCUCUUCAUGUUACCUCAUUUUAAUCAGCAGUAGUCAAAAAAAAAAAUCAAUCUAUGCAGAUGUCAUUUCAGAGUGAAUGCAUUUUUAUUUUCCCAUCCUCACUCAGAUUUAUCAGUCAAAGUGUAAUUAACCAUCCAAUCAGGGUGGCCAAGAGAGUGGUCAGAAACUAUUAAUCAGUCAGAUUAUUUUGAGUUUCUGAGACUAUGCACCUCCUCCGUGUUGCAGGAUUUUUUACUAAUGGUGCUUCUGCUGGUGCUCAAACUAAAUGGUGUCAGAAGACCUGUUCAAGAGCAUCUUUUAGUCCUUUUACAGUCAAGGAGCUUGAUCCCACAAUGGGCUUCACAAACCAUCUCGUAAAGACUGCUUUGUACAUACAUUUUGACCUUGGGGGCUUUGUGAUCAACGAUCACUUCAACACCCACACAGAGGUGAUCUCCCUCUAUGAAUACUGCUACUAUAAAUACAUUAUAGACUAUGAAGUGGAGAAUGUUCAAUGGAUAUUUUCCUGCAGGUCUAUUUGUACCAUUGACACCCCAGUCUCUGACUUACAGUACGCUCCAGCUUUCCUCUCCCUUGUAAUUCUCCUCUUCCAGCAGUAGUCUGUGUGACCUCCUUAAUCAUAGUGACUUGUUUUCUCCUUCUCAACAAGGUGGCUUGUGCCUCGUUAAAACUGUACACAUAUAUUAUAGAUAUACAUAUAUUAUACAUAUAGAGAGAAAUCUAUAGUGUGUCUAUAUGUGGUCAGAAAAUCGUUUCAAACUGAAGAGAUAAUAUAUGAUUUUUUUCUUCAUGGUUAUUUUUCUAACUGGCUGGACGUCAGAGAUAUGUCUUAUUUAGAGUGUUGAGUGGUGUUAUUUUCCUCUGAUUUGUACAUUGUGAGAAAACCCCUCAGCAGAAAAUAACAUUCCCUGUCUGAAAACACAGGACAGCCCAAAAAGAAAGAAAAUAUAUAUAUAAGAGCUUUAGAACCGUUUAUGGGAAAUAGAGAAGUAUAUCCAAAUCUAUCUAGAAGUCUAGAACAGAAGACAUUAUUACAUUCCUUUCUUCAAUGUGAAAACAUGUAGUUGAACACCACUUGGCUUGUGGUGACAACUUUGAACAAAAAAGACUGAACUUUGCAGCUCACAUAAGUAGCAAUGAGAUUAUGUCUGCUGCACUCAGCAGUCAGAAACUUGCACUUGUGAGUGAGGACUAUCACGUUUAACAUCCAAGUGGAGGUUUAAGUGACUCUGUCAGGAUGCAUUUCUUUUGCGUGUUUGUCGUCGUUGUCGUUUGUAAACAGAUGUGGUAACAUAUGUGACCGUGACGGCUGAUUAAGUAGAAAAACCAACACACAUUGGUGCAGUAUAGUGGAAAAUUGAAUUAGACUGUUACAAUCCCCUACUUCCUCUCCCUCCCCUCAUGGUGCUUGUGUGUCUUCCUUAUAUGGCCAAUUGUUGAUCGUUGUAUAUAAAUGUCUUUCCAUCUACCCAUCUAUCCACAAACCGAGGUGAUACAUGCAUCGCCUUUUAUGUGUCCGCUUCACAUAUGAACCUCUACAGCUCCUGUCACUGACCAAGAAUUAACAGAUUGUGUGAAGCUUUUGUGUUUGUGUUUACAAAUGUUAUGAGAAAGGUCCUGAUUUAGAUUUUAGGGGAAAAAAGGGAAGACAAUGCAAACAGACAGAGGAGCAAAAAUCCUCUCACUUCACCAUCAGGGGGGCGGAGUAUGAAUCCUCCAUUUUCAGGUCCUUAUCUACUGAAUACUUGAAGUAGGGGGUUCUCCUACCAUGAAAUACCAUAUAUGAUUUACAUGGUAGAAAACAUGAACCAUUUCAAUUGUGCCCAUGCAUGCUGAUUUUUACAUAAUGUGCCAACUGGAAGCGAUGAUAUAAGGAUAAUCUCCUGUUCUCUAUGCAGAGCAAUUGCUUAACUGUUGUGUCAGAAAAAAGGGUUUAGGAGACAAAAAGGCUUAGAAGCUGGGGCUGGUUUCCUGGGCUUAGAUGAAAGACAAAUCCUGGUUGUGAAUGACUGACUUCACAUUCAGUGUGAGGUAGAGUCAAGAAGUCAAGUCUGCAUCUGUGCCUAGAAGCAGCCAUUUAGAGAGACUUGAGUUGAAAGGCCUACAGGUCCACCAAUAAUUCUCAAAGGCCUUCAAGAAAAAGGUCUGAAAAGCCUAACAUACAUUUUCACUUUAUUGUUGUAUACAGGUUUUUUUUCUUUUGCUGUAUGUUGCUGAAAACUUUGGAUUAAACAAAUCACUGUGACCAAUGCCAGAAACAUUUUUGUUUUGACAGAACUAAUAUUGUUUACUUUUUUAUUCUUCAUUUUUGUAUUUAAGUUAGCUUUAUUUUUUCUAUUGUUUCAUCUUAUGGAAUAUGCCAGUUUGAGACUGUACUAUUUGUAUAAGUAAAUGUUUUGAACUGUACAGUAAAGACCUAGGAACAAGUUCAAUGUGAGUGUCCAGCAUGCUGAAUGAUUACUUGUGUGAACGUGAGCUUAUUUCCCAUGAAGCAUCAUUCCUCUUCAUUACUUGCAUCUGCAUCGUGCAUUGUGACGGUGUGAUGUCGUGUUUGAGAGUGAUGUGUGUCUCACUUACUGUGUCCCCCCUAGUAGACAGCCUGUGCAGUUUUGUGAGAGUGCAGCAUGUUUUUGGGGUUGCUUGUGUAAAUUUAUUCAGAAGAGAGAGAGAGAGAGAGAGAGAGAGAGAGAAAGAGUGUGUGUGUGUGUGUGUGUGUGUGUAGCUGCUUUAGUUGCUUUAAUGGGUGUGCUUAUGCGUGUAUGUGUGUGAAUGCAAAUGAGAAAUAUCUAUUUAAAAGAACUUUAUCAAAGGAAGUCCCUAGAUGAAAAAAAGCGAGAUUGCGUCAGUUGAAGUAUUGAAUGAAGCAUGGAUACUCUGUGAUGUUUUAUGUUUUUUAAACAUAGGAGGCUGUCCUCAGUGCCCCAGUUUGCUAUUGUAUGUGCUGUAUCAGAAUAUUACUAUUGAGUGUUGGCCAGCUUGUUUAUAUCCAUCAAAUAAAGGUGACUUUCUUUCUGUC